GACUUUUUGACGGCAACCAUUUCACCACCAAAAGAUACUGCCACGACACUCCUUUAUUUCUACUUCUCGGCCUCAAUCUUCAUCUCUGCUCACCAAAGACUACGCUCGUUUGCUUUGCGCAUCUUUGACAAUGUUGGACAAAAUCGUCGGUCUCGCCAUGCUCGUGGCCGCUUCCGUCGUCUUCACCUACUACACCAUCUGGACUCUUCUCAUGCCCUUUGUCGACGACGAUCACCCUCUCCAGAACUUCUUCCCCCCUCGCGUUUGGGCCAUUCGCAUCCCUGUCAUUAUCAUCCUCCUCGGUUCCGCUGUUGUUGGCUCAUUCCUUGGCAUGGUUAUGAUUCGGAGCAACCAGAAGAAGGCUGCAAAGGCCAAGGCUGCCGCUAAGAAGGCCAACUAGACGACGACAUGUCGAUUAUAUACUUGUAAUCAUUCAGUGUCUUCCAACGGCGUUGUUUCGCCCAAGACCUAAUCACACCAUAUGGGACUUUGAACCCUUAGGCCAAUGUCUUAAUGCAAAAGAGAUGAACACUACAGGAA